GGAGAGUCGUACGUCUUCAAUGAAAUAAGGGAAAGGCAGUUUAUUGUCGCAUAUCCUGGAAUCACGCCAGCUACGAGAAUGACGGACCACCAGUAUGGAAACGCGUUUGGUGAGCGUCCAGACACUAAAACUACUGACCAAACAAAUGGAAAAUCGUUUAAAAGUUUGAUGUGCAACAUCUUUGAGAGAACAACAGCCCACGGCAUCCCGAACAUAUAUAGAUCCGAGACGAAACUAGGCAAGCUUAUUUGGACUUCACUGUUUUUGACUGCAGUUUCGUUAUUGCUGUACCAAUCCAAAGAACUGGUGGCAAAAUAUCUAACUUAUCCCGUUGACGUUCAGCUUGAUGUUAAAUACAAGAUCGAGCUAGAGUUUCCCGCUGUCACGAUUUGUAACAUCAACCCUAUCCGAGAAUCCUUGCUUAGAGAAGAUCCAGAUUUGAAAGAUACGAAUCUGAUAGAAGAUAGUGAUCAGUGCGAUGUAUUCGAUGGUGACGUGGAUUUCAACCAAGACGAAAAAGAAGAAUAUCAGGGUUGGGAAUACUUCCUUUCUCAAACCGAUCCAUAUGGCACGGAGACAGUUGCUCGGCAGCAGAUAGAGACACUAAGUAAUCUGUUGUCAAAUAAAAGCAACGAAGAGAAGAAAAACCUUGGACACCAAAUUGAAGACUUGCUUGUCGGUUGUUCAUGGUCAAGCCUUUCUUGUUCACCUGAGAACUUUACGAAUCAUUUCUUUAAUGCGUUUCAUGGCAACUGCUAUACCUUCAAUUCAAAUCCCAACAGCAGUGAACCAAAGAAAAGCAAGUAUUCAGGACCUAGUGCAGGACUAAGUAUAAUGCUGUUUAUUGAGCAAAAUGAAUAUUUGUACGAUGUUUCGGCGAGUGCAGGGGUACGGGUUGUUAUACAUGACCAAGGCAAGAUGCCCUUUCCGGAAGAGGAAGGCUACUACGUAUCUCCCGGGCAUCAUACAUCCAUCGCAUUAAGAAGGGUUGAAAUAAACCGGUUGUCAACCUAUGACAAACCUUGCAUGUCUGAAGAAGAAAUGGCCAACUACUGGGACUUCUACACAUUCUACGGAGUCGAAUACAAUCAACAGACUUGUGUGAAGACGUGUUAUCAACGACAAAUAAUGGAACAUUGCGGUUGCUAUGACAUAUACUAUCCUACCAAUGAAACAAGCUUGGAUCCAAAAGAAAGGACUGUCAAACCAUGUGACCUUACAAAUGAAGAAGAUGAUGACUGUGUGGAAGGCUUUCAAGAAACGUUUAGAAUUUCGGGUUACACCUACUGCUCAUGUCAACAACCAUGCAAUACUGUCAGCUACACAAGUGAUAUCUCGACGUCCUACUGGCCUUCAGACAACUACAAAGAAAAUUUGAAAGAAAAUCUAGUAAACUUUUCCAAGCCUCUAAGAGAAACUGUAGAGGCUGAUUGUAAUGAUAAGAAUGCGAUAAGAUUAAAUCUUCUUAAUCUGGAUAUUUAUUAUCAAGAUCUCAACUACGAAGUAAUAAACCAGUCUUUUACAUACACGUUUAUCGACUUGGUUGGUGCAUUAGGAGGUCUUGUUGGUCUCUGGCUUGGACUAUCAAUUCUCACUAUUUUUGAGGUCUUUGAGUUAUUUAUUGAUCUAACACGAUACUUCAUCUUCAAAUCGGCAAGAUCUAAGUCAGCAGGGAUCAGCCCCAGUUCGCAUAAUUAGCAAGGUUAACAUAAAUGACAAUGUGUUUUACAUGCGUCCUAAACCUCAAACAAGAUAGAGGAUGUACAUACGAAACCAAGUAUAGCAAUCGAUGUGGAGCUCUAGGAUUUAAAAUGAUUUGUAAUUUAAUUUCCUGUAAUAUUCUACAAAAUGUUAUUUUGUGUUCAUAAUUUUAGUACAGUAUUUGAAAAGCGCCACCUAUCGUCCAUUUACUGGAUAUCUAAAUGACAAUGUGUUUUGCAUACGUUCCGAACUUUUAAAAAUAGGCAGGAAGUAUGACUAACAAUCGAUGUGGAGCUCUAUGCCAAUAAUACCAAUAACAUUUAGUAGAACACCCAAGACCUAAAAAUAUCCAUGUAAACGAAAUACCUUGUAUUUUGUUUUUGAGUGCAAUUUACUUUUUUCAAUUAUCAGACAAUAAAAGUUCGAGCCGUAAAAGUCAGUCAAAAUAACAAAUACAAAUAAAAUAAGUACAGUAUCUCUAUCUCAAUAAAACAUUUUUGUCAAAAUGAAGUGCUACAAUACUUACUUUAUUUGUAUUUUUGUAAUUAGUUAUUGCAAUUUGGAAUUAAAUUUCCUGUAAUAUUUUACAAAUGUUAUACAGUUUGAAGUGUCUAUAAUUUUAAUAUUUGAAAACGCCACCUAUCAUUCGGUUACUGGAUAUCUCGACGCGACAUCUUUGAAAAACGGAGAUAUCGAAUGUUCACGUUGAUCCCAAUGUUUUAUAAGAAUUUAGAGGCGAGUCGAUUGGCUGAAGCGGUUAAGACAGGGGAACCGUGACAUACAUCCAUAAUAUCGGUGCUGGUUCGAACGGCACGCUCGUCUUACGGUGGUGGAACAAGUCUUCUCGGAUAAGGACUCUAACCGUAGGUCCAGUGUACACAAUCGGCUCAUGUGCAUUUUAAAGAACCCAGUCGCGGCCCAUGUCAGGUAUCCAUCCUACCUGCGAAUCCUUCUACCACACUACGUAAGCAACAUACACACCAGCUACGUAAUGACUCGAUAAGAAGACUUGUUUACGUUCAAGAAAACUAUUAGCCAAUAUUUAAAUCUUGACUCAAUCCACACUUUGAUAACAUUAGAAAAUUUUAGUGGAAACAAGUUGUAAGUGUUUGCGCCCUUAUAACGUCAUUGAGACACAAAGUUAGUAUACCCUAUUAGUAAUGCGUUCAAAGCCUUAAAUGAACUGUAAAAACACAGCACACUUUUCAGACUUUUGUUCCAAUACAGUAGAUUUCAGUGUAUUAAUUGCGUCCAACAAAAUCGAGGUCACAACAACGAUUACAGUAAGUAAUUUUUUAAAACAGUUUGACAUUUUUAGACUAGAUUUAUGACCUGUUACCCAUAGGAGGACACUGCUCAUUAAAUUCGAUAUGUGAUAGCAUCUGAAUCUAACUUUGUUAGGCCUAUAAUUUAUAUUUCUUAAAAGGAUUAAAAUUGUAUAUAUGAUAAUUAAGUAGAUAGGAGUUUUCAAGAAUUUUUGAUAAACGUGAGCCUGUUAUUGUUAUUGAUGAUGCACUAUCAAAUUUUAGUUGACAAAAAAAAACUGUUGUAAUAUGCAAAUAUAUAAUCAUGAUGUCCCUAUAUCUAUAUAUGGUCAUGAUGUGAUGUCAUCAUGACCAUAUUUAGGCAUCUUACAUGUUUUGUCAAAUACACUGUAAUAGUGUAGAUAGGGCUUAAAACAUGGGUAAGAUAUUUGAUAAAUUGUCUUCAGACAUUUAACUACGCAACAUUGAUGGAAAUGUUGGUAUCAAUCUUUGUAAAUGAACGUGAAUAUCUUUUUUUGAGAGGCAUCAAAACAAAAGUUUUCUGAAAGGUGCUGCAUUGGCAUAUAGCCCACGCAGCUACGUUGGCUCAAUUAUAUUCAAUAUGUUUGUCAAUUAUGCUAAUUUUAAGGUAGUAUAAUGCUUUCAUUUUUGUAUACGCCGUCUCUAUAGACGCAGUGUGAAUGAUAAUUGCUACAGUAUCAGUGGUUAUAAGAUGUACAUCACGAGAAUAUGUUUUUUUUAGCCAGACUCUUCAGUACGUACUUAAAAGAAAAUCAAAGUAGUUGGAUAUUUCAAGACAAUUAAGAGUCAAUAAUGAUUCGAAGAUGAGUUCGAUACAUUGACAAAGUACGGUAAUUGUUAUAGCCAAUAAAAUGUUAAGUUUGUCUUGUUUUUUUUUUGUAAAAUAAUUACAUUCGUUUAUAUUUCAGAAGAAUGUGGUUUACCAACAUUAUAAUAACAAUUUUAAUCAUCGAUAAAUAAGUUUAUUUUGUAAAUCUAGUUUGUCUCUGAAGUAUAACAACACCUAGCCUCAUCAACGUAUCGUAUUUUACAUUGCUAUUUACUGUAUUUUAUAUUUACAGUAUUUAUGUGUUGCCGGCCAUGAGGAAAAUAAAAAUCAAAUUUUAA